UGCGGUGUCGCUGGACUGCGAACCCGCGGCAGGCGAAUUUCGCGCACUUUGUGUUCCCCUGACACGACGCGAACACAGAGCGCACAAAGCGUCCCCCGGCGCUCCUUUGCGGGUAAAAUAAAUCAGCUUGCUUGCCGCAGUGGACAUGUUGAAAGCGGCGUGGAUGGAACUCACCGCGGAGUGCAUAGAAAAUUGCUUCCGCAAGGCGGGUUUUAUGGGCCCAGGCACCGAGGACGCCAUAGAUCACCCACCGGAAGGCCGGUCGCACGAGGACUUGUGGCAACGCGUCGUUGACACGCAGCUGGCCGGACCUGACGUUGCCUGGGACGAUUUCGUUUCUGCUGAUGACGACGCCGACAUUGCUGAGCCAUGCACUGACGAAGCUAUUGUGCGUGAAGUGCGAGCCCUUCCUGACUGCCCAGAGACCGACGAGGACGAUGACGAGGAUGCUGCUCUACCGCCGGUUGCUUCAACCGUGAUCGGUUACAUCGCGUCGCUUAAGGAACUCGUGUGCAGCAGAGGCCUUGGCGAUGAACAUAUUACCGCGCUGGAAAAAUUAGAAACGGCAGUGAUGCGAUCAGCUUUGAAGAAGCAGACAUGCAUCACGGACUUUUUUCAAAAAUAAAGUGAACUUUCGUCUCGCUUGCUCUUUUUUCCCGUAUUAUAGGUGGUCCACUUAGUACGAACUUUGGAUACAACGAACAAAUGCCACGUGACGAUCAAGUUCGUUAUAUGUGGGC